UCAACUCGGUUCGCUUCCCUUUCUCGUCAGAAGGCUCACUCCGUCUCCCCCUCCGGCCGCCGCAAGGAGAAGCAGCAGCAGCGAUGCAGGCCGCCGCCGGGCGCGCGCGCCGCCUCCUCACGUCGCCGGCGGCCUCCGGUAUCCUCUCCGCGCCGCGCCCCGGGUGCGCGGCGCUCGCCGGGAGCGGCGCCCUUCUUCCCCGUCUCGAUGGUGUCCCGUCCUCGCCGUCGCCGUCACCGGCCCCUCCGCUCCUGGCUAGGAGCUUCUCCGCCACGUCCUCGUCUCGCCUACCCCGUAACUUGCUAUCGCCAAGUAUAUCUUCUCAAUGGCGGAAUGAGAAAUCGGUGUGCUAUCACAUGGCUGCAACUCACUACUCAACAGAAGCAAGUGACAUUGAUCAACCUACAGAGGCUGUAGUGGAGCUGUAUCAGAAAAUGUUGAAAUCUGUUGAAGCCGAGACCAUGCCUCCGAAUGCCUGGUUGUGGUCAAUGAUAAGUAGCUGUUCCAAUAAGGAGGACAUCAAACUACUUAUUCAGAUUUUGCAGAAGCUAAGAGUAUUUAGACUAUCAAAUCUUCGCAUCGACGCAAACUUCAACGAUCAUCUUUGCAUGAAAGUUGCAGAGGCUUGUGCUCGUGUUGGUGCCCUUGACUAUGGUUUGAAGGUUUUAUGGAAGCAUAAUGUUUAUGGAAUUACGCCUACCAUUGGUUCUGCUCAUUAUCUACUGAAACAUGCUAAAGAGAAAAAUGACACUAAACUAAUGGGAAGUAUAAUGCAAGUCCUUCAGAGAAAUUCGAUGCCAUUGCAACCAGGCACUGCUGAUAUAGUCUUCAGCAUCUGCUAUAAUGCUGAUAGAUGGGAUUUACUCUCAAAAUAUGCGAGAAGAUUCGUGAAGUCUGAAGUCAAGCUGCAUGGUGCUUCAUUUGACAUUUGGAUGGACUUCGCUGCCAAAGUUGGAGACUCCCAAUCUAUAUGGAACAUCAAUAGCCUGAGAGGCAAGUCAGUCAAACGCUAUAAUCUUGCAACAGGUUUUGCAUGUGUAAAGGGGUUUCUGCUUGAGCGCAAACCAGAAAGCGCCGCUGCCAUGAUUAAAUUACUUCACAAGCAUUCACCUGAUGAGAAGAAACAAUUGGUGACGGAUGAGCUCCAGAAGCUUGUUGCUGAAUGGCCAGCAGAGGUGAUAAAAAGGCAGAAGAAAGAUGAUAGGAAGGCGCUGGAGGAAGCUUUGAUUACAGAUAUCCCUCAAAUGAUCAGUUCCAUGUCAAAGCUGCGCCUUGAUAUUUCUGUGAAUUUGGAGAAGCUUACCUCUCAACCUGAAACAGCAUGAGAAGUAACACAGGUGCCCAGAUGGCCUAGCAGCUGAAAUUACAUGAGUACAGGCAGGCGGACAAUAUCACAGUCCAGCCAUUUGUAUUCGACUACAUUCUAUUUGAUGGGUAGCACACUAGCACUAGCCUGCCCGACAAUAACAUGUAUACAACACAUUCCGUUGUUUACCUUGCCAUGUGCUUUUCCAUGACAGUUUUGUAGAAAACCUUGGUGAAAUUGCACGCAUGAAAUUCAGGUA